AUGGCGGCUGUGGCAGAGAACGGUCACCCUGUGACUGAUGAGAACACCGCGCCCGCCUCCGACGAGGCUGUCACCGUCUUCCACAACCCCGAGAACUUCAAUGUGAAGCACCCGCUCAUGCACGAGUGGACACUGUGGUUCACCAAGCCCCCCAGCGGAAAGGGUGACAACUGGAAUGAUCUCCUCAAGGAAGUGGUGACUUUCAGCUCCGUCGAAGAAUUCUGGGGCAUCUACAACAACAUCACACCCACCUCCGAACUGGGCCUCAAAGCCGACUAUCACCUCUUCAAGAAGGGCGUACGACCAGAGUGGGAGGACCCUCAAAACAAGCACGGCGGCAAAUGGUCGUACCAAUUCAAGGACAAGCGCUCCGUCCCGAUCGACGACCUCUGGCUGCACGCACAACUCGCCGCCAUCGGAGAGACGCUCGAGACCGACGAUGACAACGAAGUCAUGGGUGUUGUGGUGAACGUGCGCAAGGGCUUCUACCGUGUGGGCCUGUGGACACGUACUGUGGGCAAGAGCAUCCCAGGCGACAAGAACACUCGCACACCGGCGCAGGGCAAGGAAAUCUUGGAGGCAAUUGGCGCGCGAUUCAAGGAAGUGCUCCGACUCAACGAGGCGGACGUGGUGGAGUUCUCGGGCCACACAGACAGCGCACACAGCGGCAGCACUCGCGCCAAGGCCAAGUACACCGUCUAG